CCAAUGUUGUUGACAGCAGUCACAUGACAAAGUCACGUGGCAUUCAGGAAGCCAAGCUAUGUUUCUUCUACCACGGUGACUCGUUGGUGCACUGCGACGUCCAGCCGCAGAAUUUAUUUUUAUUUUUAUUUAUUUUUUAUUAAGUGAGAACCCAAAACAACAACAAAAAAAGGGAAAAUGAUCAUCAUACCGGCCAAGUUAGUGAGGUAAUAUCCAGCUUUUUGUCUCUCCCGUAACCGUCUAAACAUCCCCAAUGGCAUCCCCGAGGUGCGUUCAGGACCUUUCCACAGAGAAGGACAGACUACUCUCUUCCAUGGGUCUCAGCUAUGGGUCUCAAGACCUUCUUGGGGAUGGAGCUAUGGGCUCUGAUCUCCACCGGCAACAGGAGGAAGAGGAGGAAGAGGCCCUGAGAAGAAAACUAAAAUACUUCUUCAUGAGCCCCUGUGACAAGUAUCACGCCAAGGGACGCAAACCAUUCAAGUUAGGUCUGCAGUUGCUCAAAAUCAUCAUUGUUACGGUGCAGUUGGUACUGUUUGGGCUGAGCAACCAGAUGGUUGUGACAUUUAAAGAGGAAAACACGGCAGCAUUCAAACAUCUCUUCCUGAAGGAUUACCAGGACGAUGCGCCUCAGGCUGUUCAUACUCAGAAAGAACUGCACAGCCACAUCAUAUUUGCCAUUGAUCAGUACCUAGCUCUACCUCAAAUCUCACUGGGACAAUACGCCUAUGUACAAGGUGUCGGAGUCAAUGGAAGUGCACUCUCACUGUGCCAGAGGUACUACCGGAGGGGGACCAUCAUCCCUGUCAAUGAUACUUUUGACAUCGAUCCUCACGUUGUCACUGACUGCAUCGGACUCGAUCCACCCACCUAUGGUUCUCCUCAUGGAACCAGUGACUACAAGAAUUUCACCCUCAAUUUUUACAAGCUGAUCAAUGUAACGGUUGACUUCCAGCUGAAGGCGAUCAACAUUCAGACCAUCAUAAAUAAUGAGAUCCCAAACUGCUACACCUUUGCUAUAACGAUUCUCAUGGAUAACAAAGCUCACAGUGGAAAAAUUAAGAUCAGUUUACAGAACCAGGCCUCCAUAAAGGAAUGUAAGGACCCUAACGUGUCUGGGCAUGCUGAUAACUACGCCCGAGAGUUCUUUGACGUGUUAGUUGCGCUGGUUUGUUUGCUUUCCCUGCUGUUGUGUGGACGCUCCAUCCUCAGAGGUGUUCUUCUGCAACACGAGUACACACAGUUUUUCCAGACAAGACUUGGCCGUGGUGUAAACUGGGGAGACAGAAUGGAAUUCAUCAAUGGCUGGUAUAUUCUGCUCAUUGUCAGUGACAUGUUUACCAUCAUUGGCAGCUUUAUCAAGAUUGGAAUUGAAUCCAAGAAUUUGUCAUCAUAUGAUUCGUGUGCAAUCCUGCUAGGAACGUCCACUCUGCUGGUGUGGGUGGGAGUCAUUCGCUAUCUCAGCUUCUUUCAGAAAUACAAUGUAAGACAUGUCAGCAGACAAAACAUGAAGGACAUUACUCAUUUCUCUUUUUUUCAUUUGUUUCCGACAGAAACUGUAAUUUUAUUGUUUUGUCGUUUUGUACAUUUCAACCAGAUCCUGAUCGUGACGCUCAGAGCUGCCUUUCCUAAUGUGAUCCGCUUCUGCUGCUGUGCGGCUGCCAUAUAUUUGGGAUAUUGCUUCUGUGGAUGGAUUGUCCUGGGGCCAUAUCAUACCAAGUUUCGCUCCCUGCCCAUGGUGUCAGAGUGCCUCUUUUCUCUGAUCAACGGCGAUGACAUGUUUGUGACGUUCGCUGAGAUGGAGCAGACUGGAACCCUUGUGUGGAUCUUCAGCCAGGUCUACCUUUACACCUUCAUCUCCCUCUUCAUCUAUAUGGUUCUGUCGCUCUUCAUCGCACUCAUCACUGGAGCCUAUGACACCAUUAUGGCCCAAACACAGGAACAGGUACGCAUCACAGAUCUUCACACUUUCAUCGCUGAGUGCACAGACACACCUAGCUCUGGGAAGUUCCGCAGUCCUGAGGGAUCGUCAUGCUCCUUCCUCUGCUGCUGUGAUUGCAGCUGCACACCUUUUUGCAGAGUCCCAGCAGGCAGAAUGAUGACGCCUGUGCAGAGAACUGGCUGACCUUGAACCACUCUGUCCCCUGUCUCCCAGUGUUUGAAUUUUGCAUUUCUAAUCAUGCUGUUAGAGUAGCACUUUCCGCACAGACUCAAGCCAAAUUACCUCCUUUGACUUUUGUUCUGUGUGAAUAAUUCAUUUUUCCUCUGAGAUUUGUUAUGCCAGUAAACAGCUAUUGCUUAAACGGUGAACUAAUAACACUCUUUACUUGAAUUGCUUUUUUUACUUUCAAGUAGGUAUUGGGAUAUUUGUUUUUGGUUGCUCUUAAUGAUAUAGUGUGUUUUAAAUAUUGCUAGCAGUAGAGUAGACACCAAAAGACCAAGACCUGACUGUGUAUAUAGUGUACUGAUUGUCUGCAUGCAUGCCUUUUGCUACUUUUACGGUAAAGGCUGUUACUUUAUACUCUGUUUGACUCCCCCCCCCCCCCCACUGCAUCCCCCUCCUUUGUUCUUGUCCUCCCUUGGAUAAAAAGACAAGCUCCAUGAUGGUUGCACGUGCAAGGACGAGCCUGUAACCAACCAGUUUUUCAUCAAUAUGUAUGAACUGUAAAAAAACUGCACACCAAUGGACUGAGCAAUGAGGCAUUUCUUACUAUUUGUUUUUAAAGUACUGCAUGCAGGUUGGUGAAUUUUAUGCAGUAAAUAAGCCGUACGGGUUACUGGUUUAUAUCAAAGGACAUUUUCCAAAGUCUAACACUUGAGGCCAGGUUUUUGUUCAAUUUUAAGUGUCAGCAUCUGACAAUGUCUGUAGGGUGACAUUGAAGCCAUUUGAGAAAGGGUAAUUGCUCAUUUAUUUUAUCUGGUGUAAGGGCAUAUGUACAAAUCGGUACUUCUUAAAUCAUGUGAAAGGGCACAAUUGUUCAGAAGAUAACAUAAUGAAAUGUUAAUGUCAUUCUAGUUUGCUGUGUGAAGGACACUUCAAUGGAUAAAAUUUGUCUCCACUUUAAAGGUAAAAGGGAAUGUAAUUAUUUUUGUCUGACUUGAUUCCUUUCAGAGUCAUGCAAGUUGUUAAUAUUCAUGUGCACCCAUUUGCACUUUAGGAUGACUGAUUUCCCAUUUAACUUGCUAAAAUGGCUCGCAUUAGGGCUAAAGUGCGCACUGUGUCACACAUGAUUGUAUACAGUUAUUUAUGCAUGGGUACUGAGCGCUCUGCAAGAUUUAUUUAAUGGUAUUUAAAUUUACUGGAAAAAGAUGUUAGGUUGUCUUAGCUCUUCGUAUGUCGGUCUCUGCAAAAAAGGCCUUUGUAUUUACUUGCUGUAUUGUUCUAAAUAUUGAAUAUUAUUUGUCAAGAAUGUUGGCUCAUACACAUUGGGAAAUUAAACUAUUGACGCUGAAAAGGUGUUGAAAAAAAAACCCUAAUCUUCA